AAAGAAACAGAAACGUCUACCGAUGAGAGGCCAUCCAAUCCUAAUCAAGAUGGAAAACCAGAUGAUGAGAUUGUGAUUGAGUCACCUGCUGCUCAGACUCAAGUUUUGCAAAAAGAAACACUGGAAAUGAAUGAGACACCUUCUUCUCCAAUAUCUCCAAAGAGUAUUGAGGCUCAAGUUUUUACUCCAAUUCAGAAACAGCAGGUAAAUGUUCAAAAAAUCUUGGAGAUUUCAAGUAAUGUUUGAAAGCUUUUGUACGUGUUUUUGAUCCCCUACCUGACUUUUUUUUUUGUUUUUUUUGCAGACGGUAACAGAGGAAACGUAUGAGGCUACACAGCCAUUGACUGAGAUCAUUUCAGCAAACAAUAAAAAGGUAAGCAUAGAAAUGUCUUUCAUAAGUACAACUUGAAUUUUAAAUUGUAGAAACUUCUUCAUAACUACCUCUUUUAUUUUACUGUUAUUACAGGAGGAUACGCAUGCUGUGCAUCACACACCUUCCUCUCCAUUGUCUUCACUAAUUGCACUAGUUAUUGAAGAAAAUAAGAAUGCUUUGGUAAGAAGAAAUAUUUAAAAUGUUUAUGUAAUAUUUUUCUAUUCAACUAACUCUUACCAUUUACUUUUGUCUUAUAGAGUGAGACAGAAACUGCGACCCAAUAUUUUUCUACAAGUGAGAGCAUACACAAUCAAGCAGAAAGAAUCAAGCAGAAGAAUAUCUCAAGGAUACUACAGAACCUACUACUGAGCUAGUUUCCACAGAUGUUUCGAAGACACAGCCUCUUACUCCGCAAACACAGCACCUUCAGACAAGUGAGGGAGAUCAAUCCGAUGAGACACCAUCAGAGCAGAAUCAAGCAGAAGAAAAUCUCAAGGAUACUACAGAACCUACUACUGAGCUAGUUUCCACAUAUGUUUCGAAGAUGCCGCCUAUUACUCAGCAAACAGAGCAUCUUCAGACAAGUGCUAUAGAUUUUUCAGAAACAAACGAGGUUGAAGUAAGCAGGCUUCUAGCUCACUUUCAAAUAGGCGCAGAGGUUGAGAUUUUGUCUACUGAUGACGAAAUAUGGUAUCCAGGAAAGGUUGUUGAUCUUAAACUGUGUGAAGGACUAGAGGAGCUGACAGUUGAGUACACGACACUCUUCACAGACCAACAUAGACUUCAGAAACUUCAGGAUACUAUCACGGCUGACAAAAUACGUCCUGCAACACCAACUAGUGACCAAAAAUCCUUUGAGAUGAUGGAUAAGGUAGAAGCCUUUUACAACAAUGGCUGGAGCAGCGGACAAAUUAGCAUGGUACUUGGUGAUAACACAUACUCGGUGUGUCUCUAUACUUCUAUGGAAACUAUUCUAUUCAAACAUUCAGAUUUGCGAAUUCAUAGAGAAUGGAAAGAUGGAGUCUGGAAGAUGGCAGAUAAGGUGAAGCCUGAUAAGAAAAGGAAAGCUGCUGCCUCAUCACAAAAUUCAGGAAUGGAUAAUGUUUUCCUAAGAAGGAGCGAGAGGGUGCCUAAACGAUCUAGAGACACAAAAACUCCAUUCAAGUCUGACAGAAAUCCGGCUUUAACUGUAAUACCUGAGAUUAUACCUGCAGUUGAUCCGUUUUCAACUCCUGCGGAACAUAAGCUUUCAAGGCUUCAAAAUUGGAUGACAUUAAAGCCCGGCAUGCAUGAAACGUCCCUAUCAAUCAAUGAUAAUAAGAUAAGGAAAUCUUUCUUUCAAAGCAUGGAAAAUGCAAAAAAGGACCUUAAGAAAGAGCACAUUGAUGGAGCCUUUGCAAUGCUAAAUUGCAGAAGAAAUGAGAAUGCUGCUUGGUUCCACAACUACAAGAUUCCAAAGGCGUGCUUCCUACCUAUGGAGUUCUUGCAUUGCUUGCUCUCUGAUGAUUUGGCUUACAAGAAAGAAAAGGUCAAAGGUAAAAAGAUUUUCAACGAUUUAUUUAAAGAUACUGUGAGAGGGAAGGUAUAUCCAGAGAAGACAUGGGGAGAAGAUGUUGAUGUUGUGUAUGGGAUUACUCUUGGAAAAAAAAGCAAUGUCUGGAUUGGGAUGGAAAUUCAUUUGAAGAAGAAAAGAAUCACAGUAUAUGAUUGUUUUCAAAAGGAAAGCAACAGCAUUGAUAUUCCUCAAGUGAAAAAGUUGGCAGUGUUGAUUUCUAAUCUGCUGGUGGAAUCUUCUGGUGAUGAGGUAGAUAAAGUGAAGAUGAUUCCAUUUGAGAUUGAGCAGGCACAAGGUUUACCCAAGACAAAACAUCCUUUCAACUGUGGGAUAUUUCUUGUCAAGAUUCUGGAGUGCCAGUCAUUGAAGAUAGGAGACAUGACAAAGAUUAAUGAUGACAAUGCAUUGGAGCUAAGGAGAACCUUGUCUUGUGAGAUCUUCAACCAAUUUGUGGAUGAGAGCUUUGGGAAAUGAGAAUGAUGCAUGAAAACAUUUUUUGUUUUAGUUAAGACUCGGUUUUAGUUAUGACUGUUUAUUUUGUUAUGUUGUUGGCGUCUGGUUACAUAAGAAAGAUUGGAAGGAUAUCAAGUAUUU